GUUCACAGAGAAGAAGAUUCAUACAUCCCUCUAGUCUGCAAUCCACAUUCUCCACCCACAAUCCGCCAUUUCAGCACGAUCAUUUGCAGUUCUUGCCUUCUAAUUUCACACACAGCACACACACUUCAUCCAGUCAGAGCUCAUUGCUUCUUUCUUUUGCCAUUCUUACCUUGUAUAGCAGCAGUGAAACCAGAACUGAUCCCUGGAGCUGGAAUCAUAUCUUGGGUUGCUUUUCUUGUCAACCCUUUUGUUCAUUUUUAUUGGGUUUUCAAGCUUAGGCCUAUAAAGUGUAUGCAUCAUGGCUUUAAGUACAUUUGCGUUCCCUGGAAAUUUAAGCGGGGCAGUCGUCCCAGAUUCCAUAAAGCGGAGUCUUCUCUAUUCUAGCUGGCUCUAUGGGACAGAUCAGCAUCUUCAUAUUCAAUCCAUGAAUAACCAGGUCACAAAAAAGUCCAGUGGAGUUCGGGCAUCACUGUCAGAAAGAGGGGAGUAUUACUCGCAGAGACCACCAACUCCUCUACUGGACACUAUCAAUUAUCCAAUUCACAUGAAAAAUCUUUCUACUAAGGAAUUGAAACAACUUGCAGAUGAACUGCGUUCAGAUAUCAUUUUUAAUGUUUCAAAGACUGGAGGUCAUCUUGGUUCGAGCCUCGGUGUUGUUGAGUUAACUGUGGCUCUUCAUUACGUAUUCAACUGCCCCCAAGAUAAGAUACUUUGGGAUGUUGGUCAUCAGUCCUACCCUCAUAAGAUUUUAACUGGGAGGAGAGACAAAAUGCCAACUUUAAGACAGACAGAUGGACUGUCAGGGUUCACUAAGCGAUCUGAAAGUGAAUAUGAUUGCUUUGGUGCUGGUCACAGUUCUACCACCAUCUCUGCUGGCCUAGGAAUGGCUGUAGGAAGGGAUUUGAAGGGAAGAAAAAACAAUGUGGUUGCAGUUAUUGGUGAUGGUGCUAUGACAGCAGGUCAGGCUUAUGAAGCCAUGAACAAUGCUGGAUACCUGGAUUCUGACAUGAUCGUUAUUCUGAAUGACAACAAACAAGUAUCCUUGCCCACUGCGACACUAGAUGGGCCCAUACCUCCAGUAGGAGCUCUGAGUAGUGCUUUGAGUCGGUUGCAGUCCAACAGGCCUCUUAGAGAACUAAGAGAAGUUGCCAAGGGGGUUACCAAGCAGAUUGGUGGUCCAGUGCAUGAGCUUGCAGCAAAAGUUGAUGAAUAUGCUCGUGGCUUGAUCAGUGGUUCUGGAUCCACUCUAUUUGAAGAACUUGGGUUUUAUUAUAUUGGUCCGGUAGAUGGUCACAACAUUGAUGAUCUCGUUACAAUUCUUAAAGAAGUUAAGAGUACUAAAACAACUGGUCCAGUGCUGAUCCAUGUUGUGACUGAGAAAGGCAGAGGUUAUCCAUAUGCUGAAAAAGCUGCAGACAAGUACCACGGAGUUGUGAAGUUUGAUCCAGCAACAGGAAAGCAAUUCAAAACCAGUGCCAAAACUCAGUCUUACACAACAUACUUUGCAGAGGCUCUGAUUGCUGAAGCAGAAGUAGACAAAGACAUAGUUGCAAUCCAUGCAGCAAUGGGAGGUGGAACAGGCUUGAACAUUUUCCUUCGUCGUUUCCCAACACGAUGUUUUGAUGUUGGGAUAGCAGAACAGCAUGCUGUUACCUUUGCUGCUGGUUUGGCCUGUGAAGGCCUAAAGCCUUUUUGUGCAAUCUACUCAUCUUUCAUGCAAAGGGCCUAUGACCAGGUAGUGCAUGAUGUGGAUUUGCAAAAGCUGCCAGUGAGGUUUGCAAUGGACAGAGGUGGUCUGGUUGGAGCAGAUGGUCCUACACAUUGUGGGGCUUUUGAUGUAACAUUUAUGGCAUGCCUUCCAAACAUGGUGGUGAUGGCUCCUUCAGAUGAAGCUGAACUAUUUCACAUGGUUGCUACUGCUGCUGCCAUAGAUGAUAGACCUAGCUGCUUCCGUUAUCCUAGAGGGAAUGGGAUAGGUGUAGAGUUGCCGCUGGGAAACAAAGGCAUUCCUCUUGAGGUUGGGAAAGGUAGAAUAUUGAUUGAAGGGGAAAGAGUGGCUCUCUUGGGCUAUGGAACAGCAGUUCAAAGCUGUUUGGCUGCAGCUACCUUAGUAGAAGCCCAUGGUUUGCGGCUAACAGUUGCAGAUGCACGCUUCUGCAAGCCAUUAGAUCAUUCUCUCAUACGCAGCUUGGCAAAUUCUCAUGAGGUCUUGAUUACUGUUGAAGAAGGAUCAAUUGGCGGUUUUGGAUCUCAUGUUGCUCAGUUUAUGGCUCUUAAUGGGCUUCUUGAUGGAAAAUUAAAGUGGAGGCCACUGGUACUUCCUGAUCGAUAUAUUGACCAUGGAUCUCCAGCUGAUCAAGUGGAAGAAGCUGGUCUGACGCCAUCUCAUAUUGCAGCAACUGUAUUUAACAUACUUGGACAAAAAAGAGAAGCUCUAGAAAUCAUGUCAUGAAUGUAUGGUUUUAGUUUGUCUGAAAUAUCCGUACAAAAUAUAAUAUAGUGAAAAUUGGACUUCAAUCUUUCAUCACCUAGAAUGUAGUCUUAGCUUAAUAUGCAAAGUUAUGUCACUAGAUAUUGAUGCAGAAAUUAGCCAAAAACACUGAGCAUCCCCGUGUAACAUACAUGCAUACAUUAGCAUAGCACAUAUACAUCCCCUACAUUUUCCCUGCCCUGGUUUGUCCAAGAUUUGAACAUUUUUCCUUGAAUGGCUGCCUGCCGAAUUUCAGUUUAGGCUUUUGGAUAUUGUACUA